AAAGAGUUAAAAAUCUAUGGGAAAGUUGAGUUAUAUAUACGAGGAUCUAAACUAUUCAAUUUGUUACCCAAUCUUUGAGAUGCAACUUACUGUGAAAACCUUCGUACGCCGGCAGACGAGAUUUAUUGGGGCGGCACGAAAAGGAGCAUUCAUGUACAUCAGAUGGUGGUACCCAAGUCUAGAAAUCACGUUGAGAUCGUGCAUUCAAAUAAAUCUCUACAUUGUUUUAUUUUAUUUCCUAAUCUUAAUCAUUAAUAUGUGUAUGUUUGAUCAAUUUCUCUAUAAAGGGCAACGGUGGCAGCCCCUGUUCUUCAUCCAUCCACUUAUAUUUCUCUCUUUGUUCUUAUAACUAUAUUACAUUGCAGAGUUAUAGAAAUAUUGUCAUGGCUGUCUCCCGUCUGUCCUUGACAUUCUCAUUACUUUUCCUGUCAUUGCUAGUCAUUAAAUCCGCUUAUGGUGAUGCUUCAUCUAAAUAUGGUUUUGAUGGAACACCAGCUUACAGCCCUCAAGCAAAGCCAGAAGGAGACGAAAAGCACUAUUAUGGCACUAAACCAGACAACUACGAGGCAAAGCCAGAAGAAAAGCCUGAGUAUGGCAGAAAACCAUACGUUGUUAAACCAGGGCCAGAAGGUGAAGAAAAGCCUUACUAUGGCACAAAACCAGAAGGAAACGAAAAUCGUCUCUCCAUUGGUGUUCAGGGGCUUAUUUUAUGUAAAUCAGGUUCCACGUAUUAUCCAAUUCAAGGUGCUUUAGCAAAGAUAACAUGUAAAGCUGUUGAUGAGGUUGGGGUCGAGAAAACUCUCUCCACUUGCAGUGGAGCAACUGAUGCAAAAGGUUACUUCUUUACUACAGUGUCUCAUUUGGAUAAAUUGAAGCUUAGAGAGUGCAAGGCGUACCUUCAAAGCUCUCCAUUGGAAACCUGUAAUGUUCCCACGAAUGUCAACAAAGCCAUUGAUGGUGCUCCUCUUUCUUCUUUCCGUGUUCUAAACGAGAAGAGGAUGAAAUUAUACCCCGUUGGGCCGUUCUUCUACACCUCCGAAGCUAAACCUGCCUCUUAAGGGUUACUAAAUUUGAAUUAUUCUUUAUGACUAAACAAUCCAAUCCCCCAAUUUUAUCUUCUGUUUUGAAUU